AUGUCUUCCAACCGAGAAAUCAGCGUCACUCUCUACGAAAUCAAACGAGUCGAGAACGGUCGACCUGUCUGCGACAACAGACCUUUCAAGUCUACCAUCCAAAUGAACGAGAAGCUCGAAACCCUCUUCCAAAAAUGGCAAAAAGACAGAGAACCCGAGACUCCUCUUAAAGAGUUCGAAUUCCUCCUCUACCGACGACGAAACGAUGAACCAGGACACGGCGGUAUGACCUCUGGUGGUCCAGAUUCCGGUAAAGGAGUCAUCAGACUCAGAGGUGAUCAAACUCCCGAACAAGUCCACAUGCAAGACAACGCUCGAAUCUAUGUCAAGAGAGAGAACCUCCAAUGCGACGUUGAGGAGGAACCUCAAAUGGCUUAG